AUGUCAGACGAAGAGCAGCAUGAAGCCUCAACGAGGAACGCCGCUCGACCUGACAAUGCGGAACCCAAAGACGAGAACGCCGCAAAGGAGGUCCGACUGCUCAAUCACUUCACAUGGGCUAACUUCACCUGCACUCAGUCUACCGGCGGCGUGGCCAUUCUCCUGUCCGAAACCCCCCAUCAAUUUCGCGGGCUGCAGACCGCCGGUGUCGUAGUCUUCAUCCUCAACCUAGUUCUGUUCGUCCUCUUCACCACAGUCAUGAUCUGUCGGUUCGUACAGAGACCUUCCAACUUCCGCAAAUCCGUCACAAACCCCCCGGAAGCCUACUUCACAGGCUCUCUAUGGCUCUCGAUGGCGACCAUCAUCAUAUGCAUGCAGCGUUUCGCUGUUCCUCACGCCGGUCCUUGGGUCAUCGUCGCCGUCCGUGUUCUCUUCUGGACCUAUGCUGCUAUCACCCUGGUGUAUAACAUCGUCGUCUUCGUCGUCAUGUUUGUCGUUUGCCCCCUCGAGCCUGGCACCAUGAGCCCACCAAUGUUUCUGAUGAUUUUUAAUGCCAUGCUGACUGGCACUGUCGCGUCGUCUAUUGCAGCAUAUCAGCCUCUCUCACAACGAAUGGCCAUCAUCGUUGCCGGCAUUGCUUUUCAGGGUCUUGGGUGGAUGCUGUGCAUUUUGUUUCUUCAGCUCUUCGUGGGCAACAUGCUUAUCAAUGGUUUAGGCCCGGCAAACCAGAGACCCGGACUCUUCAUAUCCGUAGGUUCAUCAGGAUACACCAUUGUGGCUCUCCUUGGGUGCGCCAAGGCGAUCCCCGACGAAUACGGAUACUUUGCGAAGCACCCUACUGCUUCAGAAACCCUGAACGUCGUGGCAUUGUGGAUAGGUAUAUUCCUUUGGCUCUUCACAUUCUGGCUUUUCGCGAUUGCGCUGGUCGCUCAGUUGCUCAUUAUGAUUCCCAAAUGCGGCAAUAAUAUGCCGCAGCCACAGAUGAGUUUCACACUUCCUUGGUGGGCCAUUAUCUUUCCCAAUGUUGGCUUCACAAUUGCCACGAUUCGCAUUGGCGAGGAGCUGGAAUCCAGUGCCAUAGCUUGGGUGGCAACAGUCAUGACUAUGCUAGUCUUUGCGGCAUGGCUCAUGGACUUAUUCCUGCAUCUAAAGUCUAUAUUUCAAAGGCGUAUCAUGUAA